UCACUAUAAGCCUCAAAGUCUACUCGUUGGAGUAUCUGACAAUUUUACAAUCCUCGAUAAGAUGCUCCAAACCAGCAGAGACACAAAAUAAAAGCACAACAAUUUUUAUACACACCUCAUUUUUAUGCCUUAAUUUCUUCCCGCUUCCGUUACUCCUUCCUCUUCUUCUUCUUAGAUCAUGGCUUCUGACCCGAAUUCAUCAACACCCAAUACCACUUUCGUUCAAGCCGACCCGUCCAAUUUCCGAGCCGUUGUUCAAAGACUCACUGGCGCAACCCAAGAUUCGUCCUCCGUGAAGCUCCCUGUUACUGGGACAGGGCCAGCUGGGCCUCGACGACCGGUUUUCAAGCUGCACGAGCGGAGGCAGAGUGCGAGAAAGCUCGAGAUCAUGCUCAACAAUGGGGGUAGCUUUGGUGGGCCACUUUUGUCACCUUCUUCUCCUUCUUCAGCCGCUAGGAAGAGAAGUUUUUUGGCUUCGCCAAUUUCACCACUGGAAAUUCUGACACGUGGCAGUCCAAGAUCGCCGAUGGAGGAAGAAGAAAAAGCCAUUGCUGAAAAAGGAUUUUAUUUGCAUCCAAGUCCACUAAGUACUCCUAGAGGCUCUGAACCUCCUGAACUAUUGCCUUUGUUUCCACUUCAGUCCCCAACUGCUACAAACAAUUCAUCAUCAUCUAGUUAGUUUAACUUUAAUUAAUGCUGUGUUAUUGUGUUAUUUAUAAAUAUAUUUAAUUAUAUGAAAGAAGUUGAUCAUGAAAACGUGGUCUAUUUUGUUCUAAUGUAGAAUGUGAAAUGAUCUUGCUACUUAUGUGUUUUAAUGUUUCGAAAUUUUUCUAAGUGAUUUCUUUUAAUAAUCAUAGGUUGUGUUUGAUGCAGGUACUUCGUAAAAUUAGUUGACCUAUCUUUA